CUCAUCUCCCAUCGCGCCGAAGCCGAGUACCAUCACGUCCUCUCCUUCUCUCUCAGAUUCUGUACAUGCCAAUGCAUUAAGUGGCCCAUCAGGUCACACUCUCCCAACCCUCUGCUAUGCAUUCGCUCUGAUAUGUAUCACAGUCUUGGCGCACACCGCCUCAUUUACCGAGCUCGAAUCGCAUACUUUGUCAAAGCUGGUCUCAUCGACCAAGCCAUCCAAGUGUUCGAAGAAAUGUCUCAAUCAAAUUGCCGCAUAUUCAGCAUCGACUACAACCGUUUCGUCGGCGUAUUGGUCCGUGAGUCUCGCUUCGACUUGGCCGAGCACUACUACCACAAAAUGAUCCCCCAGGGAUUCUCUCUAAUCCCAUUCACAUACUCAAGGUUCAUUUCUGGGUUGUGCAAAGUCAAGAACUUUAGUCUCAUUGAGCAGCUCCUAGAAGACAUUGUUAGGCUUGGUUAUGUCCCUGACAUUUGGGCCUUUAAUAUAUAUUUGAAUCUUUUGUGUCACGAAAAUGGUAUAGAAUUGGCUUUGCAAGUGUUUUAUAGAAUGGUUGAGAAAGGUAGAGAGGCUGAUGUUGUAACAUACACUAUACUAAUUGAUGGAUUGUGUAAAGCAAGGCGGUUUGAUGCCGCAGUUGAAAUGUGGCGUGACAUGAUAGAUAAGGGGAUUAGUCCGGAUAAUAAGGCGUGCACAUCACUUGUUAUUGGGUUGUGUGAUGGUGGGAAGGUUGAUUUGGCGUAUGAGCUUACGAUUGGUACAAUGAAGGGUCGAGUUGAGUUUAGUAAUUUGAUUUACAAUGCAUUGAUUAGUGGGUUUUGUAGAGCGGGUAGGAUUGAUAAGGCACAAGCAAUCAAGUUGUUUAUGAGGAGAAAUGGGUGCGAGCCAGAUUUAGUUACAUACAAUGUGUUAUUGAACUAUUGUUGUGAUGAGCUUAUGUUGGAGGAGGCAGAGAAGUUGAUGAAAAAGAUGGAGAGGAGUGGGAUGGAACCGGAUGUGUACAGUUACAACCAAUUUUUAAAGGGCCUUUGUAAAGCAAACCAGCCGGAUAAUGCUUAUUGGUUGAUGGUGAACAAGAUGGAGGCAAAGGGUUUGUGUGAUGUUGUAUCAUAUAAUACGAUCAUCAGAGCUUUUUGCAAGGUGUGCCGGACAAGAAGGGCUUACAAGCUAUAUGAGGAAAUGGGACGGAAAGGGAUUGCACCAGAUAUGGUGACAUUCACGAUUCUUAUUAAAGCUUUUCUUAGUGAAGGUAGUUCCGAUAUAGCAAAGAAACUUCUUGAUCAGAUGACGGGCAUGGGUCUGUUGCCUGAUCGUAUAUUUUAUACUACAAUAGUUGAUCACCUAUGUAAGACUGGGAAGAUUGGGAUGGCUCAUAGUGUUUUUUGCGACAUGGUGGAGAAGGGAAUUGCCCCUGACGUAGUUUCAUACAAUGCCCUCAUUAAUGGGCUUUGCAAAGCUUCUAGAGUAAGUGAAGCCAUGCAUUUAUACGAGGAAAUGCAGAUGAGAGGAUCCUAUCCUGAUGAAGUAACUUUCAAGUUGAUAAUUGGAGGGCUUAUACGAGAAAAGAAGCUUUCAUUGGCUUGUAGCAUAUGGGAUCAAAUGAUGGAGAAAGGCUUUACUCUUGACGGAGUAGUUUCAGAGACACUAAUAAAUGCCAUCCAUUCAAGAGAUGCCACUUGAACAUGAAAAAUGGUUGAAUGUUAUGGCAUUGGUGCCAUUUUGUCCUCUAUAGCCUGUUGCAAGUUCAGGUUGCCAAGCCUACCCUGUUCUGCCCUGUUGCCCAUCCUGGAAAAUUUCUCCAAAAAUGAUUCUGAGACAACCCUAUUACCUAUAGAAGUUUUCGCUAAUGAUGCUCUUGGGUACGCACUUAAGGCUUCUUCAGCAUUAAAAAAAGGGUAGAGAGCCACUAAUGAUUGAAUUCGAGAGUGAAAUUUAGAUGGCGAAGAUUUUUUGCAGGAGAGAAAUUGAAAGGAAUGGAGCAGGAGUUUGUUGCAACAAUAUGGGCAAUGUCCAAAGGGCAUGCCAACUAUAAUAUUCCCAUGACUAUGACUAGAGUACACAAACAAGGAUAAUUCAUAACCGCGAGGACUAACCAAGUUUCUAUUGAAGCCUAGAUUUACUUACAGCCUUUACCCUCGUCAUCUCUGAACCUGUUAAUGAGUGACCUUAAAGUGCUCGGACUGCCUGUAGCCCUUCAAUGAGCUAGAGCAUUUAGUUAGAUAAGGUUGCUGUCUGUUCAAGAACUUGCAAACAAAGUUCUGAAUUCAGCUAAUUUUAGAUAAGUUACUGUUAGCUUCAUGGUUACCUCCACUUCAGUUGCCAUUCUUUUAAGCAAGGUAAAUCUUUCAACGUUUGCUAUUGAUUAAGCCAAUGAGUGGACAAAAGAUGGCACAUGCAGUACUGAACAAUAAAUGUUAUUUUACGCAUUAAAAGUUAAAUCUUAGAAUCGAAAUUGGCUGUAAUCCCUUACUCGGAUUGUAGCUUGCUUAACUGCAAUUAUGAGAGGCUUUUGAUAGGAUACACUAAUUUCGAAGAGUGCAAUUGC